GGAGGGGAGAGACAGAGAAACGCUUUGGCGGCGGCGGCGACGCGCGCACUCAGCCCACCCCCCGCGCCCGCCGCCGCCCGGACAAUAAACAGCCGCGCGCGGGGCGAUGCCCGAGCCGGUGCCUACGCCCCCGCGCCGCGCAUCCCGGGUCUCUAGGCCUUAGCCAGCCCCCCCACCCCCACCCUCCCUCCCCGCCCCUGCGUACCCACCCGCGUUCGCCCCUCUCAGCAUCACGGACCCACUCGGACCUCCGCUGGGGAAAUGGAGGUCCUGGCUGGGGACACCACAUUCCAGCAGGAGCGGCUGCAGGCCAUUGCAGAGAAACGGAAGAAGCAGGCCGAGAUCGAGAACAAGCGGCGGCAACUGGAAGAUGACCGGCGGCAGCUGCAGCACCUGAAGUCCAAGGCAUUGCGGGAACGCUGGCUGCUGGAGGGGACUCCUUCCUCAGCCUCCGAGGGGGACAAGGACAUGAGAAGACAGAUGGAGGAGGACGAGCAGAAGGCCCGGCUCCUGGAGGAGUCCAUCUCCAGGCUGGAGAAGGAGAUCGAGGUGCUGGAUAAUGCAGAUGCACUCCCAGCCACCGCCAGGGAGAACAGGGCAGCGCCGCGUCUGGCCCACAGCCCGGCCCUCAGCCCGGCCAAGGAGACCCAGAAGGCAGAGGUGGUGCAGAAUUCUCAGCAGACCCCGGUGGGCACGCCCAAAGGUACACCCAAAGAGAAGCAAGUCUGCAACACCCCCGUGAGGAUGGUGGAAGGCUCCACCAUGAUGAAGGCAGCCAUGUACUCGGUUGAGAUCACGGUGGAGAAAGACAAGGUGACCGGGGAGACCCGGGUGCUGUCCAGCACCACCUUGCUCCCUCGGGAGCCGCUCCCUCAGGGCGUCAAGGUCUACGAGGACGAGACCAAAGUGGUCCACGCCGUGGACGGCACUGCGAUGAAUGGGAUCCAGCCACUGAGCUCCUCGGAGGUGGAUGAACUCAUCCAUAAGGCAGACGAGGUGACGCUGAGUGAGGCAGCACCCGUGGCUGGGGCAGUGGAGACCAGGGGGACGUCCGAGGAAGCUGCGCAGACCACCACACCCUCCAGACGGGAGAUCACCGGGGUGCAGGCGCAGCCGGGUGAGGCCACGUCUGGCCCACCGGGCAUCCAGCCCGGCCAGGAGCCCCCCGUCACCAUGAUCUUCAUGGGGUACCAGAAUGUGGAGGACGAGGCGGAGACCCAGAAGGUGCUGGGGCUGCAGGACACCAUCACCGCGGAGCUGGUGGUCAUAGAGGAUGAAGCGGGGCCCAAGGAGGCCGCCCCACCCAACGGCAGUGUGGCGGAGCCCCCUGCCCCUGCAGGCUCCAGGGAAGAGAACCAGGUGGGGUCCGAGGCCCCUGCCAGCGACGCCCAGGACCUUGACGUGAAGAAGCAGCGCUGUAAAUGCUGCUCCAUCAUGUGAGCCGCAGGCCCCAGACCCUGGCCCCGCCCUCCACACCAAACACCCACAGCCCGGCGGUGCCUGCCCGCCCUCCACCCACAGUCACAGGCCCCAGGACGUGCCGUGUUGUCACAUCUUCCUCCUGAGUUUUCUUUCACUGGAAAGAGAGGGACAGGGGUCCCGCGCCCAUCACCACCCUGACGUGCCCUAAACUGCUGAGCCGUGCACCUGUACCUGGUAGGGCAGAGACACGGACAGACCCACUUUUCCCAAAACAUGAGGAUCCCCCACAUGUCACGGCAGCUCCACAGACGGGCUUUCACCCACAGGGUUCCUGGCUGGUGGGACCCGGGCCUCCGUGCAGCCCCAGGCAAGCCCACCACCCUCUGGGCCUCCUGCCCAUGCCUUCGUGCCACCUCCAAGGAGGUCUCCAAGGGGACAUCCUGCUGGAGAGGGACUAGGGAGCUGGGAGGUCCCAGGGGCCUUUUCUGUCCCCACUCAACCCCUGGAAGUGGGGUUCCCCAGCCAAGGCACCGGUGUUGGGCUCUUGGGCAGCUGGGGUGAGGCCGCACCUCCUUGGGCAGCCUCAUUCAGGAACCAGGCUCCAGUUCUUAGAACGGAGCAGGGCCCCUCUGGACACCCCAGCCUUCUGUGUCCUUCCCUUUAUGCUCUCUGCGGGCAUGGCCAGUGGAUGAUGGAGCCUAGGAAGGGGGAGCCCAGAGGACACCCCCUCCACUUAGGGGAGUCCGUGACGCCUGUGCUGUCCUCUGGAGGGGGCAGGCGAGGGUCUCUGAGUUGCCCCCUGCACAGAGCGGGGCUGUGCGAGCCACUUCUCGUCUUGAGCUCCCACCCUCACUGGGCCUUCCUUCCUCCUGGUGCUAAUUUGGGGACCCUGGAGGGCCGCCCAGGCCAUUCUCCAGGCUACUUGGGCCAGGGUCCUGGGUCUCCCCAGCCAUACCCCAGAGAUCAGGCCCACUGCCAGCUCUGCUGGGCUUGGCACAUUCUGGGCAGAGGGAGGGCACACGGCCUGGGGCAGGGAGCUUUCCCCUGGGCUGCAGCAGGAGGCCCCCAGUGGCUACCCAGACCCACAUGAGCCUCACCCCUCUUGCUAGAAGGGGUGAGGGGUGAGGGACUCUCAUCCUGUGGGCAGCUGACACCCAGAUGUGCACUCACAUCUCCCAGGUUGCAGCCACACUAGUCCUCAGAGGCACAUUCAUGCCCAUGCUCACAGACCCUCUCCUGUAUGGGCUGUAGGAUGACCAGGCCCCAUCUUGGGCCUCUCUCCUGGGGGCCCCCCGGCCUUGUGCCCAGACUGAGGCCACCCUUUGCCUCAGCAGAGCCAUGCAGGGAUCGCCUGAAACCAGCCUGGCCUGUCUCAGCUCUGCCCCUCAAUGGCGGGAGAAGAGUCCCUCUCUGAGGUGGUUCCCGGCAGUGGCAUGGACCCCCUCCCUCCUCGAGCUGCCAAGUCCUCGAGUUGAGAGCCUCCGCUGAAGUGCCCUUGCUGCCCCCUCUGCUUUUGAUGUGUGACAGGCCCGUGUAAUUGACUUUCCCAGAGAAGCAAAUAAACCCUGUGAACGCCCUG